CACAUCGGAAGUGAGUUUUUAACGUUUAGCGUCACGUCGAAGCAAGUGUUUUUAACCUAGAAAAUUAAAAAAGACGUUUUAUUCGUUGAAAAUGUACCGCUUGUUGGUGCCACACGGUUUAUGUGCCAAAUGCACAAUGCUGCCCUCGCGAGUUUCCACUCUGUGGAUGUCACUAGCCCGCGGACGAGCUAGGCUGUCCGACGAACGGAAUGUUUGGAACCAAAGCCGAUGCUCCGUGAGCGGGUCCACCAAGACCUUUUCAAAAAACUAUAACAAGUUUUCCUUGGUGUGGGUGUGCGGGGCCGGUGUGGGGCUCGCCUUGGUUUUUGGACUCCAAUAUCACGCGCGGCGAGAAAACACGGCGAUAGAGCCACAGAAACGUCGAUACGAUGCUGCAGUCAAAGCCAGCAGAGUCUCGGUGGAGCGAAUACAGGUAGGCGCGCAGGUAUGCAGGCAGGAAUGCGCAAUUAAACCGGUCCCACCAGUCUGGCUCGCCUGCUGCAGCUAUGCCGUUUAUGUGGGUUUCUUCUCUUGGAAGGCUGAGGUCGGAGCUCCCGGCCUGGUGGUGGGGGUAUCUGUAGAUGGAGUUCCUGUCUGGUGUGAAGGGGUCGGUUAUGCCGAUUUGGAGAAUCGUCUACCGUGUGCCCCGGAAACUGUGAUGCGAAUCGCCAGCAUCAGUAAGUCGCUCACGUCUGCGGCGGCUGCACGUCUGUGUGAGGAAGGGAAACUCGAUCUUGAUGCACCCGUCCAGAAAUACGUACCAGAGUUUUCUCAAAAGCAGUUUGAUGGACAGAAUGUCACAAUAACACCUCGCAUGAUUCUCUCCCACCUCAGCGGUAUACGGCAUUACGAGAAGGACCCAAAUAAAGUGAGGGAGGACAAGGAGAAAGCCAAGCGACUUUUGAAGCCAUCAGUGAAGGAAAAAAAGGAGGACAAGAGCAUGUGUGAAAAUAAAGAUGAGUCCACUAAAGAGCAGAAUAUCCAAUCCGAAGAAGCUUCCUGGGGCAAGAAAAAAAAUGAGUUUGAGCAUAAAGAAUACUACUUGAUGGACAAUUUUGAAAGUGUCACUCAGGCUUUGGGCCUCUUUAAGGAUGACCCACUAAUUUUUAAACCAGGCACAACAUUCCUGUACUCCACCCACGCCUACACCCUCCUUAGUGCUGUCAUAGAGAAGGCUGCUGGCCAACGCUUCCUGGAUGUCAUGACAAACCUCUUCCGGGAACUUGGAAUGCUCAAUACUGUGCCUGAUCAGAAUGAACCAAUCAUUUACCAUCGCUCCAGAUAUUAUCAUCUGAGCAAGCGAGGACGGGUAGUGAACUGCCCGUACGUAGACAACUCGUACAAGUGGGCAGGCGGCGGCUUCCUUUCCACGGUAAAGGACCUGCUGCUCUUUGGUAACGUUCUACUCUACAGUUACCAGAUGGCCCACGUAAAGGACACUGCAGGGCUGCUGCCCGGCUUCCUCAAACCCCAAACUGCCGUGGAGUUAUGGACAGCGGCGGACAAGACGGAAGCCAGCUGGGACAAGGAUGGACGGUACGGCCAAGGCUGGCUGGUCGUGGACAAACAGCAGAAAUACGGGCAGUGCAGAAAGCGCCGGCACUAUGUGUCGCACACAGGAGGCGCUGUGGGGGCAAGCAGUGUCCUGUUGGUGUUGCCCAGUGAGGAGAUUGAGCAGCGGCAGGGACAGAAUGUCCUACCGCAGGGGGUGGUGGUCACCAUUAUCACCAACAUGCAGUCGGUGGGACUCAACAGCACAGCCCUGAAAAUUGCACACGAGUUUGACAAAGCCAGAAGCGCGUAAGUUGUUUCCAGAAAACGUGACUGAUUUGAGUUUUGAUGUAGCUUUUAAAGUGUGUUGUUAAAAAGGAGAUACUUAAAGCUGUAUUUUUAUAUCAAACUAAUUAAUUUCUUGCUUUAGACUGCAAUACCUCACUGUUUGUAAUACAAAAAGUCUAGUGUCAAACAAAUCCAUGUAAUUAUGAAUUUUUGCCUUGAACAAAUAUUUCUUAAUUUUAUAAUGAAAAGGAAUUCAUUAUCAUAUUUAAUGAACUUGUUUUGGUCAAAGAUUAUUUGACAUUUGAUUAUUGCAUGACUUUUCAAAUAUAAUUUCCUUGGUGAGGUUGAAUGGUCAUUGCAUUACAGAUACCGUAAGAUAAGCUUUCAUUAGUAGAAAUCAAGACACAGAGAUGUUUAUACGACAUCAAACAAAGAAGAACACACUGCAAAAAAAUGCAUUCCGUCCAGUUUUUUACACUCUUUUAAAACUGACUGUAUUGGAUCAGUUGUUGCCCUUUUUUGAUUUUGCUAUAAUUAUGAAGUCUUAAGUCAUCUUUUUAAUCAUGACGUGGGAUUGAAAAAUAUACAGUAUUGUGUAAUGUUUAAAUUGUUUAGUUUUGGGAAAACAUGGAAAAUGUUUCUCUUUCAGUCCACUAGAUGGUGUUAACCACUAGAAAUGCCAAAAAUGAUGGGAGCGCAAGAUUAAUACCUGAUACCAAAAACAAAAAGUGCUAUGUAGGAAGAAAAUUGUGAGUUGUUUAUACUUGAGCGAUUGUCAGCAUAUUUUUAAUUGCGUUCCAAUUUUUUUGUAUCAGUUCACCCUCUGUUAUAGUGGGGCAAGUUUGAGUGAUGGAAAUUGAAUUUCACAAACAAAACAAGUGUGCUUAUGUUUUGCCUCACUCCAAAAAUCUCACAAUAGUCAUAUUAUUUCAAAUCAUUUAGUAGGGAUCAUUGCUUGUAUUUACAGAAUGCACCCAUUUCACCAUCAUUUGACAUAAAAGUUAUUUUUAUUCAGCGUCACACAUGCAGCAGGUUGAAAAUGUACUUACUCUUUUGACAUGUACUAUAAAGCUUUGUAACUACUUUCAGACAAAGCCCAUAGAUUGAAAUGUGAUUUAUUUGUAGUCCAGUGAAACCUCUAAAGUUGGCUACACUUCAGAAUUCGACCAACAUUUUUAGGAAAAAUAUGCCCCCAAAGUCACUCUAAAAUCCAGCUUUCUAUCAACAUGAGGUCAUGUAAAACUUUCUGAUUUUAGUUUCACUGCGCAUCAAAUCCACAUGUUUUGCUUAUUCUUUUGUGUGAUGGCAAAGUGGGGAAACAUAAUGAUGUACGUAAAUGUGGGAAAGCAAGCAGUACGUCCAUCUCUGUCUGGCUUCUACGUACAAUAUAGCUAAUUCAACAAUACAAUUAAAGGAACAGAAUGUACAUCAGAAAGCUGCAUUUAGUCUUUAUGAGAACAGACUCACCACCUAUCACUCGUCAUCAAACUUAAAGUUCAGAGCACCGUUAACAGCAGUGAACUACUUACAUUAGGGUUAAACCCUUUUCUUUACAGUUGAUAAAGGUUUUAUGGUGGUGAAAGUUUGACCAUAGAACACAUGAAUUCUAUUUCCAUUAUUUGUUAGGGGAGAACAUUAUUAUCUAAAUCUAAACAAAUUGGAGCGUCUCGGAACUGACUGUUCGACCUUAGAGAAGCCACUAUUAUACCAAACUGUCUACUCCCAGCUCAUAUUUCCACGUGCAUCAACAAAAACUGGUCAAGUCAGCUCUUCUACUCUUCAUGUGGUGUCCACAAUAUCCACCAUUCAAAAAUAUCUCACCAUGUGGGUGUCACAAGAGGGCAUCAAUGUGAACUUGUCAUACUCUUGGUUUUACUUUCCAGUAUUCUAUCUGACUCCUCUGUUGCUUGGCUUUCAGCAUCCUGUACGUGGACACAAGUUACGUCAAGAUCAAGUUUAGAACACUCAAUAAUGCUGUUUUUAAAUGCCUUCCUCCCAUCUUUCAUGUACAGUACUUACUUAUGUGUAAAGUAGACAAUAACAGCGAAGACCACUAAGAUGAGGAGGGCAACAAGGACCAGUGCAAGAAUUAAACCGGCCUGCUCCUUGUCAGAGGUGCCGAUGAGGAGUUGGAACUGCUCGCAUCGGCUCCCUUUGUAGUAGUCAUUGCACCUAAAAGUAGCAGUCUCUCAGCAUGCAGUCUAAACAUGGUACAGCAUCAACAUUAGACAUGUUUUCAUACUUACACACAGGAGAGCGCUUCCAUUGAGGCAAGUUUAUAGCACGUGCCCCCAUUCAUACAAUAGGCAGCGUCCUGCCCAUCACAUGGCACUCCGUGUUCUAUACAGAGAAAGCAACGUGUAAGAAAAGGUUGCUUGCUAAAAAGGGAAUGUUUUCAGGUCGACUUAUUUUUACCUGCCAUCAUCUGAAAGGUUGCUCUUAUUUUGAUCUUUUCACCUAGAAUAGUUAACAGUUCAGGUGAAUUCAAGGAGAAAAUGGACUACAUGGAGGCUUAUAUCUGAACACCUUUCAAAUUGAAAAUGAAUUUGAACUUUUCAGCUUCAACAUUUCAAGUUGCAUCCGAUGUGAUACAGUGAACAACACAGAAAAAAAAAAAAAUGCUGUGGAAAUAAUUGAAAAACAACUGACUAUACGU